AGAAGGGCUCAUGCGAGGAAAUUAUGAUUUAUGAUGUUGGGGAACCUGAUUAUCAAAUCAGCGCUAAUCUUAUAGCUUGGUUGUGAAUUGUGAUCUCUAACAAGAAGCAUAAACAUGACAAGCGAAGGCUCAUGCGAGCGGCUGCAGCGGGCGCUAUUGGAAUGCCACCGUCGAAUCCCGGCAGGUCCUAGCCGCGACUCAGCUUGCCGUCACCUUAACCACGCCUUGGCCAACUGCCUUGUUUUUCUCUCCUGCCCUCAUGAAUCCGAGGCGGUGCGCACCCUCUGCUCCAGCGCUGGCACCGCUCUCAAGCGCUCCCAGUGCCAACAGGCUCAACUCUCUCUCUCCCUUUGCCUCUCUUCUCAUCAGCAAUAGUUUGUUGUAACUCUUCCGCCCCCAAACUGCCAAACAUCCCUAACACUCUGUUGAAUGUUUCUUAUUCUGAAUUAUAUACAUACCUUACCGUUGUUUCACCUUUGAAAUAUCAUGAAUCCAAAUUCUAUGAAAGUGUGCUGAUUCGAUGUAACUAACCCUCUGCUGCCAAUUUUUUUGUCAGGAAAAUGUUCUUCCCUAGUUCCCUUUAACUCAUUCCCAAUUUUAUCCUCCUGCUUUUUGAAACCCUAAUAUUUCUCUCUUUCUCUAGUACAAUGCGUACUGAAUGAUGAUGGCCCAAAUUCAUUUCCCGAACUCUGCAGAAUGCCGAAUUUGGUGCUGCUUCUCUGUUGCAGGACAUUGCCUUCUGCAAGAUCAAGAAUGUGAGUCUCAUGUUGUACAAAUGAAUUCCAAGGUCUUGCUCAAAGCCUAGAUGAUUAUUUCGAAUUUUUGGGGUCACUUUCAUGGUGCGCUUUUUCAGCUGAAAUACGUAGGUAGCAUUCGGUAGAAUUCAUAAAGAAGGAAAGCAAGGAAAUUGUCUUUGACAUUGUGGCGUUAAACGCCGUUGGACCAUGGAACCCUCACAUUCUUUUCUGGAUGUGUGGCGCUAAACGCACUAGCCUCACCGUUCCUCCCUGCCUUAGUGGCGCUAACUAAUUGUAUCUCAUGGUGAACUGGAUAAAUAUCAAAACUCUGAAUUUUAGUUGAGCGUUACUUCACUGCGAAAAAAGAAUCAAAUUAAACCAAUAGAAACUAGCUGCUAGAUCUGUUAGCAAAGUGAAAAUGUACCAUCCCAUGGCAAACUGAUGUAGCUUGCUCCUUGGGUCUCUA